UUCCGGAACAAUGUAACCUUGUCUCAUAAGCUCGUACAUCAAACGUCCAAAUUUGAAAUUGUAUGCGAUUACAGUACUCUCCUGAGGAGGGUAGUAAAAUAACGGUCUGCAUAUAUUUACCGAUACGUAAUAAACUGGGCCGAGUUUGUUCGAUACUAGAAGAAUUUUCAGCCACGUGAUCGACCGAUAAACAAACCCUCCACAUCAAAAUAGGGUCUCAAGAUAGUGAAUAAUACAGACUAAAGGUCCUCCUCCGUUUUGCAAUAUGCCAGAACAAGGUGAAACAGUAUUAUACUCGCAACUUCAACCAUGGAGUACAGUGGCGGCGACGCCUUGCAUGGAGCAGGUUGCUGGACCCCCGUUGCCGCCAAGACUAGGUACUUACUACCAAACUCCUAAACCACACCCAUGGAGACCCACAUUGGGCUACGAAACUGUAGAGCUCAUGCCUCUACCAAGUCAGCAUGCCACCAACUCGUUGGUCGAUCCUUGCUACACCCCUUUCGGCAUGGCUACCGAACCACUCAAGUUUCCAAACUUGGUAACGGGGUUUGAACGGAUCCGGCUCACGCUGCCCGCGCGGCCCUUUACACGAGAUACACGCCCUUAGAGUGGACCAGAAGCAACCUCAAGUUCUACAACGAGGCCGACACUAAUAGGAAUUAUUCUGAGAGACUGAAAGGAGACUUCAUCAGAGUUAUGAGGGAAACAGACGAAACAACGGCGGGCGGCCAGCGCGAAUCUGGCAGAAGACUGGGAGAGAGACUCACGGACACCACAUUCUGGAGAAACGAGGUAAGAGGAGAACUUGAUAGACUGAUAGCAGAAACGUCCAAGCUUCAAGACGCUAGAAGAGGCAUUCAAAAAGCUAUUGAUGAUAUCGAAGGACCUCUACAUAUUGCGCAGGAAUGCCUGUAUCACAGAGAAAAAAGAGAAGGUAUUGACCUAGUCCACGAUAAUGCAGAAGUAAGCCUUCUAAGAGAAAUAGAGCUAUACAGGAAUUCCCAAAAGAAACUUAAGUGUCUGAACGAAAAGAUUCAAGUUCAAUUGACUAACAACCGAGCUGCGCAACACGAGCUGGAAACUGACGUGAAAAGCAAGGAUUCUGCUUUGGGUAUAGAUAACUUAUGUCAUCAGUUGAACAACUUUUCUAAAGGUAUCAACUACUAUGGAGGAAUUGAAAAGUUCGACCCAACUGUGAGCAACACAGUGACAUGGGCGGAAAACAGCAACAGAAUAGUGCAACGCUCUCAGGCUGAGCGAGGUAAAUCUGCUCAGAUGCGAUCAGAUAUUGAAAACCUAGUAAAUACUUGCGCUCAAGAAGUCUGGGAUGCUUGGAGUGCUACAAACAGUGCCCUAGCACGAAGGGCUGCUGAAACAUUGGAGGCAAAGAGCAAACUACAAAUGCAUCUGCACAAGAUACAGCAAGAAAUAUUCGAGAUCGAAAAGUAUAUAGAGCUACUGAAAAGAUCAAUUUUGGAUAAAAGCAUGCCAAUGAAAGUAGCACAUACACGUUUGGAAGCAAGGACUCACAGAAAAGAUGUUGAGUUGUGUAGAGAUUCAGCUCAAGACAGGUUAAUGAUUGAGGUGCUUGAUUUACAGCACAAUAUAGAAUUGAUCCAUCGUAAGCUGCAAGAGGCAGAAGCUCAACAUCAACAGCUGCUCAAAACGAGAGCAAAUCUAGAGUCUGAUUUACACAGUAAAGUGAACACACUGUUCAUUGACAGAGAAAAGUGUAUAGGGAUGAGGCGAUCUUUCCCUAUCACAGCAACUAUCAAAUACUAAAUACUUGAAUCACCACUAUGCACUUAAUGAAUAUAGUGAUAAACACAAAGUGUAAAAUUGUAUUUGUGGGAAAUAUUGCUGAUAAAACUUGCAUCAAAAAAUAACACUGACCCAUCUGUACACAUUAUACUCUGGCCACAAAUUCAUGCAAUAAAAAAGGUUCAACAAACAAGAA